AUGUCUCCAGCAUCCAAUGCCUCCAGCGACGAUCAAUGGGAAAACGAUGAACACAUCCAAAGAUCCUCAUCACAGCGAGAAACAGAUCCAGCCAAUCUCAUCCAUGUCCGGAGCCAUGUCUCUCACCAUGAUAUGCCAGCUCCGGAUGCAUUCCACGAAGUCGACGCAGAACAAUAUCUUCGCUUCUCUCCGGCUCGCAAAACUAUGAUUGUCUUUAUCCUCGCCUUCUGCUCUUUCCUAGCCCCUAUCUCAUCCACUUCGAUCCUCGCCGGUGUUCCUGAAGUGGCAAAAACAUACAACACCACUGGCAGCGUGAUCAACGCCAGCAAUGCCCUGUACAUGGCCUUUAUGGGUAUUGCAGCACCAUUUUGGGGACCUUUCAGCCAAGUCUGGGGACGACGUCCGAUCUUCUUCAUAAGUGCAUUGCUCUUCUUUGCUUUUAGCAUCGGCACAGCUCUCGCCCCGAACCUACCAGCAUACUAUAUCUUCCGAGUCCUAACCGCCUUCCAAGGAACCUCCUUCUUGGUAGUUGGCAGCUCGGCUCUAGGUGAUAUCUAUGAGCCACGUGCUCGAGCAACAGCCCUAGGCUGGUUCCUAUCAGGAACCCUAAUCGGACCAGCCUUUGGUCCCUUCAUCGGUGGCGUAAUUGUCACCUUCCGCUCCUGGCGAGACAUCUUCUGGCUCCAAACAGCCCUAGGAGGCUUCGGCACCGUCCUCGUCUUCUUCUUUUUCCCAGAAACAUACCCCCACCUGACGAAAAAUGACCUCUCCGAACAAACACUCCUCCAAAAAGCCAAGUUCCUCUGGCAUCGCAUCUCCCCUCUCCGCGUCGCCGUCAUGCUAUUCACGUAUCCAAACCUGUUCUGCACGGGUCUCGGCGCUGGCGCUCUAGUCUGGAACCAAUAUUCAUUGCUCACGCCCAUCCGCUAUGUUCUCAAUCCCCGUUUCCAUCUGACAAGUCCCAUCCAAUCUGGUCUUUUCUACAUCGCUCCUGGAUGUGGGUACCUCGUGGGUACGUUCAUGGGUGGGCGAUGGGCCGAUUACACAGUCAAGAAAUGGAUUCGGAAGCGAGGGGGUGUGCGCGUUCCGGAAGACAGACUCAAGUCCUGCAUUUUCUUCCUCGGGGGUGUUGUGCCGGGUUGUAUUUUGAUUUAUGGAUGGACGGUUGAUAAGGCAGUGGGUGGAAUUCCGGUUCCUGUUUUGGCGAUGUUCUUCCAGGGUGUUGCGCAGUUGUUUUGUUUUCCUAGUUUGAAUACUUAUUCGCUGGAUGUCAUGCAGUCGAGUGGACGGAGUGCGGAGGUCGUUGCUGGGAGUUAUAUGUUCCGCUAUUUCUUUGGUGCACUUGGGUCUGGGCUUGUUUUGCCGGCUGUUGAGGCUAUGGGGGUUGGGUGGUUUAGUACCAUCAGCGCUUUAUUCUUGUUUUGUUCUGGUGUUGGGGUUUGGCUUACUACCAUCUUCGGGGAUCAGUGGCGUGAUAAGAUUGAGAAGAAGGAGUUGCGCAAAGCUGAGAAGAAGGCUGAGAAGAAGGUUAAAAGUACACAGCAGGAUGCCGAAAAGUGUGAGACUGCGGCUUGA